AAGUAGAACAAAGACUGGGUCUUCAAUAGUUAUGGAUUAUCAACAAGUGGAAGAAGAAGAUGAAUUGAAUGACAAUUUCAAUUCCUAUUACUAUCAUCAUCACCCUAAGAGAAAAAGAAGAAGAAACAGUAGUAAAACCUAAAUCAUCAUUUCCUUUUUACUUUCAUCAUAUCACACUACUUUACUUUUCAAUUUCUUCACUUGUAAUUGAAGCAAGUGUGAUUUAUAAUGACCAGGAGCUUACUGAUUAUAAUAAUUUGAUGUCAGUACUUAGUGUCUUAGUCAGUACAGACACUUCUUACAAGAUCUCUAGUGUUUUUUACUCAAUUGGGGUUUAAUGAAUUCCAUGGGUCACUUCUGGGCUUCUUCCUGGUUUACUUUCCUUCUGAUUCUUCAUAGAUUUUCUGGAUUCUCUGUUGCUGCUGAUCAGGAUGGUUUUUUGAGUUUGUAUUGUGGCCGAACAUCGGGUUUCACUGAUUCUUCAAACAUCACAUGGGUUCCAGACAAUGCAUAUGUGACUACAACCAACACAACUAAUUUGAAUUUCAUGGAUGCUACUUCAUCAUCAUGGAUUCCAUUACGGUUCUUUCCGAACUCUAAUGACGUUCGUGCGUGUUAUAAAUUGCCGAUGCAAAAUAUGUCUGGCCAAGCUCUUGUUAGACCUCAAUUCUACUACAAGAAUUAUGAUGGAUUACAGAAGCCUCCAGUGUUCUGGGUGUCUAUUGGGAGGGCUAACGUUGCAACUGUAAACUUGAGUAGUUCAGAUCCAUGGAUUGAGGAGUUUAUAUGGCCUGUUACGAAAGAUACAGUCUCGUUUUGCUUGCACGCUCUGCCUGGUGGUGGUUUUCCUGUCAUUUCUAGGCUUGAAAUUCGUCCACUUCCUCAAGGAGCAUACAAAAGUGGCAUGACUGAUCCUCUGACUAAGUCACUAAGGAAGAGGUACAGGGUAAAUUGUGGUCAAAACAAUGGAUCAAUAAGGUAUCCUUUUGAUUCUUACGACCGUGUAUGGGAUGUCGAUCAAAACUUUUCUCCUUCUCAUUUGUCAACUGAGUACAACACUCAACUUCUCAUUAAUACAUCUGGCAUUUUGGAGAACCCACCUGUUGCCGUUCUUCAGACAGCGAGAGUACUUGCAAGGAAGAACGACUUGACUUAUGACUUCUCCCUUGAUACGUUGGGAGACUAUUACAUUGUUCUUUAUUUUGCUGGAAUUUUGCCGGUUUCCUCACUGUUUAAUAUUGUAAUCAAUGGAGAAGUUAUGAGUACUAACUUCACUGUGAAGAAUUCGGAAGCUAGUGUCAUCUUCUUUGUAAAGAGUGGAAUCAAAACCUUGAAUAUCACUUUGCAAAAUGUUAGCUUCUAUCCACAAGUGAGCGCCAUUGAGGUCUAUGAGCUCGUUGACAUCCCUUUGGAGUCUUCUUCAACCACAGUCUCAGCACUGCAAGUUAUUCAGCAGUCCACUGGAUUGGAUUUGGGAUGGGAGGAUGAUCCAUGCUCUCCAACGCCAUGGAAGCAUAUCCAAUGUGAAGGAAAUGUAGUUCGUUCACUGAUGCUUUCUGACAUUAGUUUGAGAACGAUCGGCCCUAUGUUUGGUGACUUGCUAGAUCUUACAACACUGGAUUUGCACAAUACAUCACUUACUGGGGAGAUACAAAACUUGGGCAGCUUGCAGGAACUUGAGAACUUGAACUUAAGUUUUAAUCAGCUCACCUCCUUCGGUUCUGACUUCAGCAGCUUGACUAGCCUACUAACUCUGGACUUAAAGAAUAAUACUCUACAAGGAACAGUUCCAGAUAGCGUGGGAAACUUGAAGUACCUACAGUUAUUAAACUUGGAAAAUAAUAAGCUUAAUGGCGCCCUCCCGCAGUCAGUAAACCGGGCAACAUUGGACCUUAGGACAACUGGGAAUUUGUGUCUUUCCUUCUCCCAUUCAACAUGCAACGGUCUUUUAGAUAAUAAUUCACUGGAGACACCUCUGGUUACAAUUGUCAGCAAUAAGAAGCGGAAGGCCGCCCAUGAUCAGAGAGCUAUUAUAAUUGGUUGUGUUGUGGGAGUCUUAUGUGCCCUCUUCUUCAUAUCACUUAUUGGCUACUUGUUCUGGAGGAAGAAAAAGGAGUCUGGAAUCACUUCGACAUCACUACCAAAACUGGAUAUGCGGAAUUGGAAUGCAGCUAGAGUUUUGUCUUACAAAGAGAUUAAGACAGCUACAAGAAACUUUAAGGAGAUUAUAGGUCGUGGUAGUUUUGGUUCUGUCUACCAUGGAAAACUUUCAGAUGGCAAAUUAGUAGCUGUAAAAGUGAGGCUUGAUCGAAGCCAACUUAGCUUGGAUUCCUUUGUCAAUGAGGUGUAUCUUCUGUCUCAAGUUCGCCAUCAGAACCUUGUGUCCUUGGAAGGAUUUUGUCAUGAAUCAAAACAACAAAUUUUGGUGUAUGAGUAUUUAUCUGGUGGAUCACUAGCUGAUAAUCUUUAUGGUCAAAAUCACAAAAAAGUUGCACUAAGCUGGGUUCGUCGACUGAAAAUUGCUGUUGAUGCUGCAAAAGGUUUGGAUUAUUUACAUAAUGGAAGCGAUCCACGAAUCAUACACCGUGAUAUUAAGUGCAGCAAUAUCCUUUUGGAUUCGGAGAUGAAUGCCAAGGUCUGUGACUUUGGUCUUUCUAAACAAGUGUCAGCGGCAGAUGCAAGUCAUGUGACCACUGUGGUAAAGGGCACUGUUGGUUAUAUCGAUCCCGAAUACUAUUCAACUCAGCAGUUAAAUGAGAAAAGUGAUGUCUACAGCUUUGGUGUUGUGCUCUUGGAGCUCAUUUGUGGGCGAGAACCCUUGACUCAUGCUGGCUCUCCAGAUACCUACAACUUGGUGCUAUGGGCGAAACCUUACUUGCAGGCUGGUGCUUUUGAGAUAGUUGAUGAGAGAAUAAAAGGAAGUUAUGACUUGGAGAGCAUGAGAAAGACCGCCUCUGUUGCUUCAAGGGCCGUAGAGAGAGAUGCAUCACAAAGACCAACAAUGGCUCAAGUUUUAGCAAUACUUAAAGAGGCUUACAGUAUUCAGCUUUCCUACAUAUCAUAGUGACCAAUUUUAGUAGUAUUUUAGUGGUUCCCUUUUGUUCAUGUUUCUAUGGUUACCUUAGAGAAUCUACAGAAAAAUAAUAAGUUGAGAAAUGUAUUGGUUAUAGCAGUAAGCCUGAUAUUGUAGGAAAUGUUGCUCUUUUUUUUUUUGCA